ACUGGACAGAUUUUUUUUUUAAUAUGGCAUCUAUGUGAAGGACAAACAUCAAUCUAUUAAAACAUUUAUGACUUCAUCAUCAUUGAAUGGGUUCCAUACACUCGGUCUGUCCGGUUCACAAUCGGUUCAAGCUGUUGUUUUAACUAAAGGUAUUUCAAAAGUAAAACGUACACUUAUGUACAUUACAACAUCUUCAUUGUAACCAUUUUAUUCUUAUAUUUAAAGAGUGCUAUAAAAGUGUACUCAGGUUUGAUGACUCAUUUGAUGCCAUCUUUAUGGAAGGCUGUGGAAACCGCCUCCUCGUGUAAACGGCUCGAUUUCGUCCCCAUGUUUCACCGCGCACAGAGCUCGCGCGCUUCUCAAUAGCGAAUCGACUUUUCGGCUAACACGAUCGCUUCCGUCUCGAGCCCUCAGUCCAUAUAUGAUCACAUGACACAUUGAAUUAUAAACCGUAUAGCACUGCGAUGUUCGCUAUUAUUUAUUCUUUUAGUUAUGACAACUGUCUACCGCAUAUCUCUGCCAGUUAACUCCCGUGGUUCUACCACCGACCACACCGGAAGUUCGCAUUCUCCACGCAACCGAUCCCUUGACGUCACAGUAUUAAAUUAUUUUCAACCAAUCACAGAGCGCGUUCGGGAAGCGUUUGAAAAGUACUGUUAUCGUUCGGUAAAUUUGAUCGUUAAACUUAAAGAAUAUCAUUGUACACAGUUAUUUACUUAUUUAACUGGAAAGGGCAAAACAAGCUACAUGCACAGUUGUCGGUUUGAGUACCAGAAAGAAUGCAUACUUAAAAGAUAUAGCCUACUACAGUAUUCAAUGCACGUUUUGGAUAAAACCUGUCUACUAAAUGUAUAAAUCCAUGCUGGAUUUGACCAAACGUCUGUUUACUAGGAAAGUAAUCCAACAUUUCUCUCAGUCAGCAAUGCAAGGUUCAUGUUUACUUUUAGCAGCAUGGCAUACUUUAAACCCCCCUUGCCCCAAAUAAAUGUGAAUUUAUACCACAAGCACUUUCGAUAGACAUAGAGUUGAAAAAGUAAGCUAACAAUGAAGAUCCCUGCGGCUCUAAAUAUGUUCUUAUUGCUCUGUUUUGGUGCUUCGCUUGCUCAUGGUUUAAUUACGCCAGAAAAACUUAACAAUAUUGAAGAAAGACUGAGAGUCACAGAGACCAUUCUGGGUGAAUUGAAGAGAGAGAACGAAGCUUUGAGGAGUUUCACACAAGCCUUAGAGAUCAAGCUUGAAUCUUUACAAGCAAAGAAUACAGCUUUGAGGAGUUUAACACAAGCCUCAGAAAUCAAGCUUCAGUCUUUACAAGCAGAAAAUACAGCCAGAAAGGUUGCCUUUUCCGCUGGACUUUUAAACUCUGGACCACAACACACUGGACCAUUUGAAGAAUCAAGAACUCUGAUCUACAAAAAAAUCUUCAGUAACAUUGGAAAUGCAUAUGAUUCAAACACUGGCAUUUUCACAGCACCAGUAAAAGGAGUCUAUUUCUUCAGAUUUUAUGGUCAUUCACAUGUAGGGAACACAAUGGCGGUCAGUCUUUAUAAGAAUAAUGAACAGCAAUGCUCCGUGUAUUUUCACAAGACCCAGAGCGCUCCCAAUGGUAACGGCAGCAAUGGUGUUGUUCUUACACUGGAGAAGGCCGAUAAGGUGCACACAGAGCUGUGGAAAGACAGCUGGGUUUAUGACGAUGAGGCCAGCUUCACCAGUUUCAGUGGUUUCAUGCUUUUCCCUUUAUAAAUCUCAAACUCUUUAGCCCACCAGAGGAUGCAAAUAAUUCUGGAUAAACAAUAUAAACAAUGUUUAUAUAUUACAUAAACAAUAAAACAGCUUUGCUAAUUAAAAUCCAAAGUCAUGGUGUCAAAAACAGAUCGGAUCUCAUUAACAAUGGCGUUUUCAGUUCUUACACUUACAUAUUGCGUGAAUAUGAUUCCCUCUUAUAUAACAAUAGCUUGGGUUAAAUUUAAGAUUUUAAUUGAUCACGCCUUUAAAGAGUAAGUAGCAAAUGAUUUUAAAGGUACUACUUUGGUCUAUGGAGUGUCCAUCAUGAUGUAACAAGGGGUAAAAACACUUAUGUCGUAAUAAUAGGUAAUUAUUCUAACAUUACUUUGACUAAAUCUCAAAUGAUUCGUUCCGCGAUUCAUCCGUCGAAUCCCCUCCUAUCCGCUAGCCUAGUGUCAUGUGAUUGGUCAGGAGGGGAAGUCUGCUGUGAUUGGUCAAACACGUUUGUAACGAGCAAGGCGGGACGAGAGGGAGUUAUGAUAAUAAGUGUAAGCUGCGCAUUGCACAGGUAUCACAUCUUUUUGGAGGAGAUCGGAAGCAUAAAAGGACGAGCGACCGGAUAGAGGACCAGGCCUGGAUUUUAUGUUAUGUUUUAUGUUUGUCUUGCCGGCAGUCGACCGUGCGGGAGCUGCAGGCAUUUUACUUUCGUUUUGUGGUUUGUCUAUUUUUUUAUUAAAAGUUGUUGAACGUUCGCCGGUGACCGCCCCCUUCCCAUUCCCUGAAUUCGUUACAGCGUCCAUCAUGUAUCACAAAUGGAAUGCCAACCAUCGGUUUACGGUUUACAAAUGGAACGCCAACCAUCGGAUUACGGUUUAAAGGUUAUAUAUUAUACUGAGUAGAGAGAUGGGAGGGAUUUUACUUUUUUUUUUUUUGUUUGAGCCCGAGACUGACGAAGAAUCAUCCGAAUAUGAUAGUAAAUAAUAGAUAGACAAUAACAGAUUGAAUACUUAAAUUAGCAUAGUUAAUAGAUAAACAAACUGUAAUACCCGAUAAAUAACGGUACAUGUUAACGAUAACGUUAUAUGCAUUAGUUAAACACAGACAUAAGGUACACAAAUAUUUUUUGAAGUUCUGACAAAAUUAAAUAGUCACACUUACAGAUUGUGAUUCGGUGGUGCUAAUGGUUGGUAUUUCCUCCUUUGAAGGAUAGUCUUUUAACAUUUCCUGCAACGUGUCAAGAUUAUUGAAGCAAUCUUUGGUAAAAUGACUUGCGCACAGUAAAACCCUGGGGUUUAUACUCCUUUGGUGUCAUUUGAAAAUUAAUUGUAACCAUUGUUCCCCUCAGAAGUUCUUCCUUUCGUAGUUUAAAUAAUACGCACUUAGUUUCACAACGUAGAACCAACCUGGUCGCACCAAUUGCGUAUAAAUAACACGCUGUUGCAUUAUCGAAUAUGUACGCCAAGUUGCGAUUUUGCGUGCAUAUGAUACGCCAAUGUUUGCUUGUACCUGGGUGGAGAACAGCCAUUUUAAAACGUACAUGAAGAGGAACACUGAAAUAAUUAAAGUAAUACUGUUAGGUUAAGGGUUUGGGUUAGGGGACAGGGUGAUGAGCCAAAUUGCUGUUCAAACACACUAAUUGGCAAAAAAAAUCGCAAUUUGGCGUCCGUAUUAUACGAUAAUGCACAGCGCGUGUUAUUUAUACGCAAGUACAACACUGGUUUCAGAUGGCACACGCAUCACGAACGAGCGACAGUGUUUGGGGAAGGAGAGAGUGAAGUUUUCGCUGCAGUCCCAGCAAAACGUAGGCGGGGACUAUGUCCAGUGACGUAGAUACGCGGCGGUCGAGACGCGUCUCGUUUGAGUGAUUCAGAGUCGUCUCACCAAUAACUUUGUUAUUUAUUCACUGUAAGACUUACAACUUGGCAGACAUUCAAACACGGCAACAUAACACACCACAUGAAAUGUAAUUUUCAUCAUCUACUGCUAUUCAGACAUGUGCAAAGAUAGCCUACAGAGUUCUCCAAAUCCUUAAGUUUCACCAUUUAGUUUAUAGUUCACACACCACAAGCCUGUUAUGAGCACAGUUAAUGUCACCCUAUUCUCCAACUAGGACAACUACACAGUCCUCUGUCCGAUUGUGAUCAUUUGGUUCAUUUUCUUUCCAAUUGGUGAUGGUCAGCGGUUGGGAUUUCAUGUCUACAAAAUGGUCUUCUUUCUCUAUGUCUGUUGCACAGAUUAAUAGAGAUCUGUGGAUGGAGCUCAAAAAAGGUAGCCCAUUAUUUUCAUCUUUGUGAACGAUUAAAAAUGUAUUUGUCAUCACCUGCCAUGCACAGGAUGUCCGAGACCGAUUAAAGUAAUUAAAUAAAUUAA